ACUGUUCCCGCCCUGCUCCUGGUGAAGGAGCUGGUUCUUGAUAACUGCCGCUCGGAUGAUGGGAAGAUCGUGGGGCUCUCCUCGGAUUUUGAGAACCUGGAGUUCCUCAGCAUGAUCAACAUCAACUUGMUGUCUGUCUCCAGUCUCCCCAAGCUUAACAAACUUCGCAAGCUGGAGCUGAGUGAUAACAGAAUUUCUGGUGGCCUCGAAGUUCUAGCAGAAAGAACUCCUAACUUGACACACUUGAAUCUAAGUGGCAACAAGAUCAAAGACAUCAAUACCCUGGAGCCCUUGAAAAAGUUGCCAAACUUGCGUAGUCUGGACCUCUUCAACUGCGAGGUGACAAUGCUGAUCAACUACCGGGAGAGCGUGUUCACCCUCCUGCCCCAGCUCACCUACCUCGAUGGGUUCGAUGCUGAUGACCAGGAAGCCCCUGAUUCAGACCCUGAAGCAGAUGGGGAUGCACUGGAAGAUGAAUAUGAGAAUGGGGAAGAAGGGGAGGAAGAAGAUGAUGACGAUGAGGAAGAUGACUUGGAUGAAGAAGUCAUUGAUGAUGAGGAAGAUGAAGAUGAUGAUCUGGAAGGGGAAGAGGAAGAGGAUGGAGUAGAUGAUGAGGAGGAAGAUGAGGAGGAAGAUGGUGAGGAGGAUGAAGAGGAUGAAGCUGAUGAUGACCUUCCACGAGGAGAAAAGAGAAAACGAAAUCUAGAGGAUGAAGGAGAGGAAGAUCCAGAAGACGAAGAUGAUGAUGAGGAUGACUGAUCCCAGCGAGCCAAUCAGUUUUACAGACUGUGACUGUGCUUGUCUUAACCUCCCCGUUGUGUCUUUGUGAGACUGUAAACCCCCGUCUCCCGGUCCUCCCCUCUUUGUAUGGCUGCAGCAUCCACAAUAUAUUUUUUUAAGAUGUAGAAUACUGUAGGCAUUCAGGGGAAUCUUCCA